AUGGACUCUUCACAAUUCCGUGACGCGGCAAAAGGUGCCAUUGACGAGAGUGAGUGUUUUGUUCUCUUCCAGCAACCAUUGAUACAAGACAGACCCGUUCUUCCCUCUGUCAAGCCUGGAUACCUUCGACCUCUGCUUCCCGAUGGACCUCCCGAAGAAGGCGAAUCAUGGGACAAAAUCCAGUCAGAUAUUGACCGCGUCAUCAUGCCUGGCCUCACUCAUUGGCAGUCUCCCAAGUUCAUGGCUUUCUUUCCUUGCAACUCUUCAUUUCCAGCAAUGAUUGGCGACAUGUACAGUGGCGCGUUCAACGCCGCGGCAUUCAAUUGGAUUUGCUCGCCCGCCAUCACGGAGCUCGAGACCAUCAUGAUGGACUGGUUGUCGAAUCUGAUCGGACUGCCCAAAUGCUUCUUAAGCACAAGCGAGAAUGGAGGCGGUGGCAUCAUUCAAGGCACCGCGAGUGAAGUCAUUGUGACCGCUGUAGUAGCAGCUCGAGAACGCCUAAUUCGACGACGACUAGCAAACAUGCCUGAAGGCGAAGAAAAGAUGGACAAGGCAGCAGAAAUGCGAGGAAAGCUCGUCGCUCUAGGAUCCGAACAUGCACACUCAAGCACCCAAAAAGCCGCCAUCAUCGCCGGCACUCGCUUCCGAACCGUCCCUGCGCCCAAAGAGACAAACUACAGCGUCACCGCUGCCGCGCUUCGAAAGACCAUCGAAGAAUGCAAAGCCAAGGGCCUGGAGGUUUUCUACUUCACCGCCACGCUCGGCAGCACGGGAACAUGCGCCAUCGACGACCUCGCCGGCAUCGCCGAAGUAGCGAAAGAAUACCCCGACGUCUGGAUCCAUGUCGACGCUGCAUACGCCGGGUCCGCACUCGUAUGCCCAGAGUACCAGCAUCUCUGCCCGCCAAUCGAGCACUUCGACAGCUUCAACUUCAACCUGCACAAAUGGCUGCUAGUAAACUUUGACUGCUCCGCGUUCUUCAUCAAGCGCCGCAAAGACCUCAUGGACACGUACAGCAUCACGCCGAGUUACCUGCGCAACGAGUUCACGGAGUCGGGACUUGUGACGGAUUAUCGCGAUUGGCAGAUCCCACUAGGACGCAGAUUUAGAAGCUUGAAAGUGUGGUUUGUGUUGAGGACGUAUGGCAUUAACGGCUUGAGGGAGUUCAUUCGAGGGCAUAUCAAGCUGGGCGAAUACUUCCACUCCCUCCUGCAGUCGCGCGAGGAUAUUUUCAAUGUCACGACAGAGCCAGCGUUCGGGCUUGUCACAUUCCAGGUGAAGCCAUCAACACCAAAAGCAGCGGGAGCGCUGGCGGAUGACUUCACGCCCGAUGCCGAGGCGCAGUAUCGCGAAGCUACGAACCAACGGACGAAAGAGGUGUAUGAGAAGAUCAACGCCAAGGGCGACUUUUUCUUGACGAGUACGGUGGUUUGCGGGACGUAUGUUAUUCGCGUGGUCAGCGCGACGAUUUUGAGCGAGGAGAAGUAUUUGAAAGGUGUGUUUGAUGCGCUGGUUGAGACUGCAGAGGCGAAGGAGUAA